AGUGUAGUGCUCCAGUUCAGAGAAGGAAACAUUCCAAGAAUAGGAAGAAUGUCAGCCACCACACCACGGAUGAAAGAGUUGAUGAAGAAAAAGAACGAGUUAGAAUCCAGCAUUAAGGAACUGCACGAGUUACUUGACUCGCAAAAAGGUGUUGGAACAGAUGGGAUUCUGGUUGACAAUGAGGACUUCCCGCGAGCGGACAUAGACGUGUAUUCUGUCAGACAUGCUCGUCGUCAGCUGGCAUGUUUUCAGAAUGACCACAAGGACGUGAUGUUGGAGAUCGAGAACGAGCUGUAUCGUAUCCACGCGGCGGCCAGACAGCAGCGCGGUGGUGAGGAGUCCAUGGACACGCAGCCCCCUCCCAGCGGUGGUUCAAAACAACGCCUUCCCUUCGCAGUCAUUGACAGAGUGGAACCAGGCUCUCCAGCACAGCAGAGUGGUCUGGAUGUUGGUGAUGAAGUUGUAUUAUUUGGUUCUAUUUCUGCUGAAAACUUUGACAGUCUACAGACGAUUGGUGCUCUGGUACAGCAUAGCAAAGGAAAUUCAAUAAGUCUAACAGUCUUGCGGAAAGGUCAAGAGGUGCGACUGAGUCUUACUCCUCAGACGUGGAGUGGGAGAGGUUUAUUAGGAUGUAACAUUGUUCCAGUCAAAAGAUAAAAAAUCAUUCAACUGCAGAUACGUGGUGAUGGAGUUCAUUUUCAGUUAUCCACAAAAGAUAUAAUCAGGGACGAAUCCCCCCCUCUACCAGUCCACCCAGAGGGGACUGAAGGUUUCAUGUCCGUCUCACAUAUAGCUUUCUGGACUUGUUUUCCCAAUGCUUCAAGAUACUGAGCUGAAAUUUUGUAUAUAGCUUUAUCAUGUUCAGUUACAGAUCAAGUUUGACUUUCAUGGAAAUUUGAGAGCGACGUAGCCCACUGGUAAAGCGCUUGCUUGAUGUU